AUGGCAUUUCCCUGUGUCGAUCAAUUGGAGCAACGUACUCAAAAGUUCCUUCAGUCAUUCGACGGAGGACCCGAACCUUCAUACAGUAACCCCAUCUCAGGAUACAGUCUUUAUCAACACAAUGAGCCAUUUCUGUUGGAUCAUGGAGGAAUCCUUCCUAAAUUCGAGAUUGCAUACGAAACGUGGGGAGAACUGAAUGAGGACAAAUCCAAUGCAAUUUUGCUUCACACAGGAUUAUCGGCUUCAUCACACGCAAAAUCACACCCACAAAACACAACGCCAGGAUGGUGGGAAAAGUUUAUUGGGCCUGGAUUAGCCAUCGAUACCAAUCGGUUUCAUGUGAUCUGCACUAAUGUCAUCGGGGGUUGUUAUGGAUCCACAGGUCCUUCAUCGAUCGAUCCCAAGGAUGGAAAGCCUUAUGCAACCCGGUUUCCUAUCGUGACCAUUUUUGAUAUGGUCAGAGCUCAGUUCGAAAUGCUCGACGCUAUGGGUAUUAAGAAGCUGCAUGCAUCCGUUGGAGCUAGUAUGGGUGGUAUGCAAUCCUUAGCGGCUGCGCUGCUCUUCAAGGACAGAAUUAGCAAAGUCAUUAGUAUUUCUGCUGCUGCUCGAUCUCAUCCAUAUAGCAUCGCACUCCGUUUUACUCAACGCCAAGUCCUCAUGGCGGAUCCAAACUGGAACAAGGGAUUUUACUACGACAAGGUGCCUCCACACAGCGGCAUGAAGUUGGCACGCGAGAUUGCCACCAUCUCUUAUCGAUCGGGACCUGAAUGGGAACAACGUUUUGGUCGGAAACGAUCUCAACCAACGACAACGCCAUCACUUUGUGCAGAUUUCUUGAUCGAGACCUAUUUAGAUCAUCAGGGUGAACGGUUCUGUCUACAGUAUGAUCCCAAUUCAUUGCUCUAUGUUUCCAAAGCCAUGGACAUGUUUGAUCUUUCUGCUUCCGUUUCUGCAGAGACAGCCCUGCGUCGAGCUCGAAACACUCUUCGACUUCAAGAAGGCAAGGGCUCUUCUGCUCCUGAGAAUGCUGCUGUUCCACCUGAAGAAGAGCAACAGAUAGCGUGCUCAACAGUCAAUGCUGCAGAUGUUGCUAAAAAUGUUGUCCUAGAUGAUCCCAAGGCUCAACUUGAAGAUCUGCAGGCAGGUCUCAGUGUGCUCAAGGACAUUCCGACAUUGAUACUAGGGAUUCAAUCGGAUAUCCUCUUUCCGGUUUGGCAGCAGAAGGAAGUCGCUGAUUGCUUGCGCCAGACAGGGAAUAAGACGGUGACCUACUAUGAACUUGACUCUAUGUAUGGUCAUGAUGCAUUCUUGCUCGAGAUUAUCAAUGUCGGAAGUGCUGUCAAGGGCCAUUUAGAGCUCAAGUGA